GCCCGGCCCACGUGACCGCCCCUCCUCCCGCCUCCCAGUCGCGCGCACGGGCCGGCGUCUCGGCUCCCGCGCGCGCUCGGCGGGUCCCCGCGCCCGGGAGCAGAGGCGGCGGAGGGAGCGGGCCGGCCGGGCGGCGGGGGAGCGGGGGGAGCGGGCGCGAGCGGCGGGCUGCCGGGGCCGCCCGUGCACGGCGGCGGUGGCCUGAGCCGCGCGGUUCCGCAUCCGCCGAGGGUGAUGAGGCUGCCCUGCCUCGCUGCUCCGCUUGCCGCCAGCUGACAGUGCCGGCACCCAGCCCGCCCCGGAGCGCAGACGCCGCGGGGCCGUGACCUUGGCCGAGGAGCGCGCACACCAGUAAUUCCAGUAUCUGAGAGCAGAGCAAGUGUGGGGUGACAUGGCCCAGGGGAAUAAUUACGGGCAGACCAGCAACGGGGUGGCGGACGAAUCCCCCAACAUGUUGGUGUACAGAAAGAUGGAAGACGUCAUAGCACGCAUGCAAGAUGAAAAAAAUGGAAUUCCCAUCCGUACCGUCAAAAGCUUUCUUUCCAAGAUACCUAGCGUCUUCUCUGGGUCAGACAUUGUUCAGUGGUUAAUAAAGAACUUAACUAUAGAAGAUCCAGUGGAGGCGCUGCAUUUGGGAACAUUAAUGGCUGCCCAUGGCUAUUUCUUUCCAAUCUCGGAUCACGUCCUCACGCUCAAAGAUGACGGCACCUUUUAUCGGUUUCAGACACCCUAUUUUUGGCCAUCAAAUUGCUGGGAGCCGGAAAACACGGACUAUGCGGUUUACCUCUGCAAGAGAACAAUGCAAAAUAAGGCAAGGCUGGAAUUGGCUGACUAUGAAGCUGAGAGCCUGGCCAGGCUUCAGAGAGCCUUUGCUCGGAAGUGGGAGUUCAUUUUUAUGCAAGCAGAAGCACAAGCAAAAGUGGACAAGAAGCGAGACAAGAUUGAAAGGAAGAUCCUUGAUAGCCAGGAGCGAGCGUUCUGGGACGUCCACAGACCUGUGCCCGGAUGUGUAAAUACCACUGAAGUGGACAUCAAGAAGUCAUCCAGAAUGAGAAACCCACACAAAACACGGAAGUCUGUCUAUGGUUUACAAAAUGACAUCAGAAGUCACAGCCCCACCCACACCCCCACCCCAGAAACGAAACCUCCAACGGAAGACGAGCUACAGCAACAGAUUAAAUAUUGGCAAAUACAGUUAGAUAGACAUCGGUUAAAAAUGUCAAAAGUUGCUGAUAGUCUGUUAACUUACACGGAACAGUACUUAGAAUAUGACCCAUUUCUUGUGCCACCUGACCCUUCGAACCCGUGGCUGUCUGAUGAUACGACUUUCUGGGAACUCGAAGCAAGCAAAGAACCGAGCCAGCAGAGGGUAAAGCGAUGGGGUUUCGGCAUGGACGAAGCAUUGAAAGACCCCGUCGGGAGAGAACAGUUCCUGAAAUUUCUCGAGUCGGAAUUCAGUUCAGAAAAUUUAAGAUUCUGGCUAGCCGUGGAGGACCUGAAGAAAAGGCCUAUUCGAGAAGUCCCUUCCCGAGUGCAGGAAAUAUGGCAAGAAUUUCUAGCUCCCGGAGCCCCCAGCGCCAUUAACUUGGAUUCUAAGAGCUACGACAAAACCACCCAGAAUGUGAAGGAGCCUGGGCGGUACACGUUCGAGGACGCUCAGGAGCACAUUUACAAACUGAUGAAAAGUGAUUCAUAUCCACGUUUUAUAAGAUCCAGUGCCUACCAAGAGCUUCUACAGGCAAAGAAAAAGGGGAAAUCUCUCACAUCAAAGAGGUUAACAAGCCUCGUUCAGUCUUACUAAAAGGAUAUCACCGUGUAGCAUGGAAACGACUGGAGUCCCUGCAGAGACUUUGUAGCUCUUUGUUAGUACCUGGAGCAGAGGACGUUAGACCAAGAAGGUGCAUGAGCAAAGGACCUGAAUUGUUCUCUCUUUGUGUACAUUAAGGCGUUGCCAUUUCAAGUGACUCUGCCAUCUCAAUGCCUCCAUUUCAAAACGUUGUCUGCUUACUUUCUCCUUGUACUACGCUGGAUCUGUGUCUUUUCCUUUUUAACAAGUUCAAGUGAAGUAAACCUUUUUUUCCCCCUUUCUCUUUCUCUUAAAGCUUCUGCUAGACACACGGUUCACUGAAAAUUCACUCAAACACUGGAAGAAUUGUAAAAGAAAAAACAUAUAUCAAUAAGUAUACAUAUGGCUUCACAUUUAUUAAACAAUAAAUUAGCAAAGAAAGUUUCAUUUCACCAAGUGUUCACAGUCAGAAACAAGCUCCUGUCUUUGUCUGUUGUCUGUACAUUCUCGGUUAAUGUUUCUUGCAUUUAUUUUUAUACCAUAUUUAAAUAAGAAACACCUUUUACUCCAAAUGUAUUAAAGUUGAUCCCUUCUCUGUAAAUUUGUGUAUGUUUAUAUUGUUGUUUUAUCUUUCAUUAAAAGAUGCAGAAUCUC